GCUUUAGAGGAACUGUACUACCGUAAGCACCGCCCCUCCGGCUCCCCUCCCCGCCCUCCUCCCCUCCGUGUCCCACUAAAGCGAUUUUCAGCGCAUGCAGGGACUCGUCCCUACGGCCACGGAUGGCAACAUGGCGACAGAGUUUCAUAACCUGCAGGAGUUGAGGCACAGUGCAUCUCUGGCCAACAAAGUGUUCAUCCAGAGGGACUACAGCGAAGGGACCACCUGCAAGUUUCAAACCAAGUUCCCCUCCGAGCUGGAGAGCAGAAUUGAGCGGACACUGUUUGAGGACACUGUGAAGACGCUGAACAACUAUUACGCAGAGGCCGAAAAGAUAGGAGGGCAGUCCUACCUGGAGGGAUGUCUGGCCUGUGCUACAGCAUACCUCAUCUUCCUCUGCAUGGAGACGCGUUACGAAAAGGUGUUGAAGAAGAUAGCCAAGUACAUUCAGGAGCAGAAUGAGAAGAUCUACGCUCCCAGAGGUCUGCUCAUCACAGAUCCCAUAGAGAGGGGAAUGCGUGUUAUAGAGAUUUCCAUCUAUGAGGACCGGGGCUCCAGUGGCUCCAGCUCAGGAAGCAGCUCUGUGUCCGGCAGCACUGCUCGAUGACUGGGUGCUUCCUAAAACCGAGCCCCCAAAUCACUCACAACCCUGGAAGACAAGAUGGCGAAGAUGCCACUCAUGUUCCAACACUUAGCCUGUACACUCCUACGCUCACACAAAGGAUUCACUAGCUUUUACUUCUUCUUUUUUAUUUUUCUCCUGACCUGCCAUCACAAGUUGUUCAAGCUUUUUCACCGUAAAUGUGAACCUUACUCAUUUGUUGCAAGCGCCAGGAUGCAGUGUCACAAUGAACAGGAAAACAAAUCAUGCAGCCAGUAAUACUUUGUGUGAUCGUAUCGUUUCUUUCCUUCCUGUUGUCCUUGAAGUUUUAAUGAAAAAGGGAGGAUCGCUGAGUGGACCUCGAGCCUCAUCAAAUCUCAUACCUCAGCUGCACCACGACUACACCGGACCAACCAGGAAACUGAUCUAAUUUCCAUCAACCCUCACACCAAACCCUGGCUUUUUAUUAUCUGUCACUCUGAGUUUUCAGAUUUUAGCAAAAUACUUGAGUAAAGCAAAGUUUCACCUUCCCAGAGACCCACAUAAACAAUACAGAGCACUUCCUCCUCUUUCACCUCAGCUGUAAAUCAUGCUGUCUGGUAGCAGAUGAAUGUCAUUCAACCCGUCCAUGUAUAUAAUGUAGCAGAUCUUCCAUGUUUCUCACGCGAAGCCUGAAUUUUACUCGUUAGUCACACAGACAAGUGCACAAAUCGAAGCACUAACCUCUUGCUGUCACUGAGCGAGACCAACUCUUCCUAAAUUUCGAUUAUGCAAAGACUUACUGUGCAACAGAUGUGACAGUAAGUAGAGAAAGGAUGGGCCAAGAAAAGAAGUCUUCCUGAAUCUUAACUGUAGUGUUUUAAAAGAUAAACAACCAACCCUUCCUUGAUUUUUGAACAAAAUUCCAAAGAACAAUAACUGCCAAAAAAAAAGGCUCACAAAUGUGAAUGUGUUUUUUGUUUUGGUGACAUUUUGUGCAAGAAACAAAUUUUCGUACUGCUUUGUCGUUUGAUACACAUGGCGAUGAGGUAUAUAUGGCUGUGUCAAAUAAACAGUUUCAUCACAACUGCA